AUGUCGCGCAGUCACAGAGCAUUAGAGCUGGAGAUUGGGGCCUACACCUCUCCCAUACUCACACGUACUCCUGGAUCUGCAUGUGAGGAGGUGAUGGAGGUGAAGGAGGUGAUGGAGGUGAUGGAGGUGAAGGAGGUGAUGGAGGUGAAGGAGGUGAUGGAGGUGAUGGAGGUGAAGGAGGUGAUGGAGGUGAAGGAGGUGCCACAGACCGAGCCUCUCACCUCCUGGACUUUGACUGACAGCCGCUCCCACUUAUGCUGCACCUCUGAGGGAAUAUUCGCAGUCUGCGGCGCUCUCACAGGUGUGGAGUCAGCCCAGGUGAGCAGCUGCUGGGCGCCCUCUCCCUCACCUCCAUCCACCCCACUGUCGAAACACAACCUGGAACACAGCCUGGAACUCUGUCAAAACAACCAGAAAGCAAAGCACCAGGAGGCCAGGUGGAGAGGCCCGACACCAGAGGAGAAGACAGACUGA